AUGAAAAAAGACAACCAAUCCUGUUUGGAUGAGAUCGAUCUUCUAGGCUUCUCUGAUUUCCAGUCCAUGCGAGAGCUUCUCUUUUGCCUGGUUCUAAUGUUCUAUCUCAUGACUUUGAUGGGAAACAGUCUGAUUUUGAUCCUCAUCAUUCUCAAUCCUACCCUUCACACCCCAAUGUACUUCUUCCUCUGGAACUUGUCCUUUUUGGAAAUUGGCUACACCUCCACCAUCAGCCCAAAGAUGUUAAUGAUUCUGGUCUCAGAAAACCAGACUAUAUCCUUCUGGGGCUGUGGUUGUCAAAUGUGUUUCUUUAUUCUCUUUGGUCUUGCUGAAUGUUGUCUUCUUUGUGUCAUGUCGUAUGACCGCUAUGUUGCCAUUUGCAAACCCUUGCAAUACCCAUGUAUUAUGAAAUACAGGAAAUGUGCUAUGUUUGCUGCUGUAUCAUGGGCCAUUGGUGUUUUUGUGAGUUUGGGACAAUCUGUUUCUAUCUUCACCCUUCCCUUCUGUGGAUCAAAUAGAAUCAACUAUUUCUUCUGUGACAUUAAGCAUGUUCUAAAAUUGGCUUCCACUGAUACCUAUAAGGAUGAAUUGGCCAUUGCCAUACUAAUAACUCUAAUUAUCUUGACACCCCUUUUGUUCAUCCUUUUUUCCUACAUCCUCAUCAUCCCCACUAUUCUCAACAUGCCUGGGGCCAAAAACAGAAGCAAAGCAUUUUCCACUUGUUCCUCACAUCUCACCGUAGUCUGCAUUUUCUAUGGAACUGCAAUUGUUACCUACAUUCGUCCCAACUCAGAAUACUCCAUGAACAGAAGCAGAUUCCUUGGCCUGCUCUAUACAGUGGUGACCCCAAGCCUGAAUCCCCUCAUUUAUAGCUUAAGGAAUAAAGAGAUAAAAGCUGCUUUCAAGAAAUUUGUAGCAAGGAGGCAGGCCUCUUUUAUGGGAUAA